AUGGGACAGACUUUAAACUUGUUUAGCAACUCAGGACUGGACAUUCAUGAGACACAGGUGCAGUACCAGGCAUACCUAAAAAUGAAGUGUCAACCUGGAAGCAACCAGACAGGACCAUCUUCACGCCAAACUGCACAAGCAGCCCUGACAUCAUGGAGAAUAUUUCUGUUCCCUAUUCGACUCCCAGUCAAGGUAGAAAGUUCUUUCAAUUAUUUGGAGAUCAACGCAAUCAAUGCUGUCGACCACACUCAGGUUGUCAUAGAAACUGAGAAAAUUUCAUACCAAUUGAAACUCAUGUCCCUUGAAGAUUUGGAGCAGGUGGUUAGUCAUGUCACUGCGUCACUCAAAAAAAUAUUUCCAGAUUCAUCACCUGGAAAACUGCUCAAGAAGAAUUCCCCUGAGUUGCAAGAGAGAAUAAAAAAAAUCACUUUAGCACUGGAAGAACAGACUGACUCCAAUCAGGGGCCGUGUGGUGGCUAUUCAGAGACUUAUGCAGCAUUGUGUGAUUACAAUGGAUUUUCCUUCAAGGAAGAAAUCCAGUGGGAUGUAGAUACCAUCUAUCACAGCCAAAAUACCAAGGAAUUUAAUCUGCUAGAUUUCAGCCACUUGGACACAAGAGAUGUGGCAUUGUGCGUGGCAGCUUUGGCAUUUAACCAGUGGUUUACAAAGUUGUUCUCCAAGGAUUUACGGCUGAGCCCCGAUGUGAUAGAGCAGGUGCUCUAUGUGAUCAGUUCGUCCACUAAACUGGAGGAGCUGAUUUUAGAAAAUGCCGGACUGAAGUUUGAUGUUGGACAAAAAAUUGCACUUGCUCUGAAAGAGAAUAUCCACCCUGUGCUUCACACCAUAAAUCUAUCCAACAACCAGCUGGAGGACAGAGGGGUGUCAGCACUCAGUCAGCAGUUUGAAAAACUGUCCAAAGGACUGAAGUAUCUCAACCUCUCCAGAACAUCACUGACUACAAAAGGUCUUAACUCUUUGGCUCAGUCGUUGAUUGCUAAUGAAACUUGCUCAUCCUCUCUUGUUCACCUGGAUAUCUCUGGAAAUCCCGGGAUAUUAGCUGCUGAAGAUACUUGUACUUUUUAUAAUUUCAUUUCUCAUCCGAAUGCACUGACUUACCUAGAUCUGGCAGGUACAGAUUGUGCUCUGGAUUCUCUUUUUGGAGCAUUGAAUCGCGGAUGUUGUACACAUCUGAUCUCUCUAAUCCUCGACCGAAAUGUAUUUUCCCACAAGAAAACUCGGGAAAUUCCCCCUUCAUUGAAGCAGUUCUUCAGCAACUGUUUAUCAUUAAAGUGCAUCACACUGUCAGGUAUCAAGCUACCAUUGGAAGCAGUAAGAGCCAUUCUUCAGGGCCUGGCCUGUAAUACUCACAUCUGUGACAUACAUCUGGAUCUCAGCAACUGUGAGUUAAGAUCAGCAGGUGCACAAGUGAUCCAGGAUCAUAUUAUUGAUGCAAACACCAUCAGCAGCCUGGACUUAUCAGACAACGGGUUUGACUCUGACAUGGUGACACUGGUCUUGUCUAUUGGAAGGAGCAAAUCAAUCCGACACGUAGCACUUGGCAAGAAUUUCAACAUUAAAUCGAAAGCCUUGGCUGAUGUUCUACACAGGAUUGUCCAACUCAUCCAGGAUGAAGAGUGUCCUCUGCAGUCUUUAUCAGUUGCUGAUUCGCGAUUAAAGUCUGGAACCAAUGUUAUCAUUAAUGCUCUGGGCAGCAACACCUGCUUAAAAAAGAUUGACAUCAGUGGCAACGCUAUGGGAGACACUGGAGCAAAGAUGUUGGCCAAAGCUUUGCAGAUUAACACAAGUCUUAGGUAUGUGUGGUUUGUGCUUAAUGCAUCUUGUGCAUCAAAACCACUAAAUGAAACAUCCUCUUCAGACAAAGCAGGUCCAGAAACCUCGAAAGAUGAAAUCACAAUUAACGGAACCAUGGAUUUAUUGAGUUCACCCGACAAUGAGUUGGCACCAAUUGAGCGUGUGUCCAUGCUUCGCAGGAGGACAAUACGCUCUAGAAGAAUCAGGCCAACCACAGCAUUGAACCGAAUCUCAGACAUAGAGACGGAAAAACAACUUGAGGGAACGGAUUUUGAAGCAAUGGAACAACUGUUGACAGUCAGCAGUCAGUCUGUUACGUCACGACCAAUCUCCACUGAUAUGAAUGAUGUAAAUAACACACCUACAAAUACAGAGACAACUUUUACAGAUUCUCUUAUGGAUUUGCCAACUGAAGGGAUGAAACUAAAGCACUGUACCAAAGGCAGGCCAAGACCAAACAGGAUCAGGAAACAUCCGCCCUCCAAACCUACCGUACAAUCUGUGGACCAGGAAAAAGGAAAGAAUGUAACCAUCGGCAGAUUAGAUCUAGGACUAGAAGAAUUCUUCACAAAGAAGAUAAUUCAAGAAGAAACCAGUUAUGCGUCUGCUGCUUUGAGUGAUUCAUCAUCUCAGAAAGACCAACCUCAAAAGCUGGAAGACUCAAACACUUCUUCGCUUCCAAAAACAAAAAAGAGAUAUCCCAAACUCAGUGACUUGUUUGCUUUCAAGAAAACUCGGUUCAACAGAAUGCAAAAGGUAGAGAAGGAUCCUGAAAGAAACCAACAGAAAGGCAAGAAAAAUUCUUCUGUGGAUAUCUUAAAACCCCAGAAUGAAUCUGAAGAAAUGCAUGAUCAAGCUAAACCAGAAGAGGGCAGUGCAGAACAAACCAAACAAGACAUUAAACUCAGGCACCAGUCAUCUUUCAGAGGUCUCAAAACACACUCAUUAAUUCUGUUCCCUGGAAGUAAGGAUGUUGAGGAAUCGUCUUUGCAGUUCACAAUGAAAGGCAAGGAAUCCAAAACUGAGCUGUGUGAAGGACGUCAGUUGCUCAGAUCUGAGCAACAUAUACACCGGACUCUUGAGCGAGCAGGUCUGAAAGUGUUGCAGUCUGACCCUAAGACAAAACUGAAUGCAGAAUCAGAAUUAAAAGGAACAGACUGUAAUGAAGGAAUUCCUGGAAAGAACAAACGGCAGCCUGCCCCUCAAUCUUUGAAACUUUCUGCACUAGCCAAUAUGGCUAAAACCUGUAAUGCAGAUGUCGUCUUCAUUCUUUUAUCGGAUAAAGAAGAGAAUUUUGAAGGACAGUUAUCCACAGGAGCCAGGAAUGCAGAUUCUGACCAUAAAGAAGCAGCAAAAAGACAAGAAAUUACAUCAGGAGACCAGAGAAUCCUGCUUCCUCCACCUCGCAGGAAAAAUCUGCAACAAGGAAACAAAGAGCAAAGUAUAAAUCCUGUACCACUUCCAAGAAAAUCUGCAACAUUGCAAAAAAGUCUAAUUCAGGAUGAAGUGACCAGCAGUGAGAAGCAUACAUCAUGGUAUUCAACAUCAACAAACAAAGGGGCCAAUGAUUGGUCAGAAAAAGAGAACAAUGAAGAAUGUUUACCAUCUGAAGAUAAAUGCGAAACCAACAUAACAGAACCGUUUUCUACAGCUAACUUGAAAGGCACAGAAGAAGCAACUUUAAUUUUGGAAGAAAAUCUUUCCAAUCAAAAUUGAAGAAGACAGCUUAAGAGUCACUGUGGUCUUUCAAGGGGAAAAAUACUUAAGCAUAAAUGGACUAGACUGUGGAGAAGUCUGUCCAGCGUACCUGACUGAAAAUUUUUGGCAAAAAUCAAAAUGAGGACAUGAUUUUAAUAAUCAAUCAUUUUUGAUUCAAUUUAUUAAAAUGUAUAAUAAAAAGUAGGAAAUAAAAUAUUUUAAGCUGAAUGUACAUAGAUUUGCCCAUGGUAGAGCACUGUGCAUUACACUUACUGUUUGCUUUUAUAGAUUCAUUAAAUAGCUAUAAUGCAGCCAAUAACGUUUCUGACCUGGAACAGGAAUCCAGGACAAGCUAUGAGAUGCACUACCUCUUCUUUGUGCAACUGUCCAGUUUGUACUUCAAGGUUACCUUGCAGACCAAAAAGAUUAAAAUAUGUACCAAUGAAGGGAGGAGGGGAAACCUAGCCUUUCUCAACAGCACCUUCUCAGAGAAGAUUUAGCAUUGUGCCUACCAUUACAAAAGUUCUUGAAAGAAAAGUAAAGUGGUUAAUAUUUUUGCUUCAUUGUGCUUAUCAACUUUUUCAGGAAUAAGUAAGUUUACCAAAGCAAGAAGACCAAGGGCCAAUGCCGCAGUUCAUCACUGUCAGAUAAAAAUGGCAGUGGGGAAUCCUUUGGAAUCUAUAAGUAGCGCCAAUUCCUCAUUGAACCUAUUCGCAUUAAUAAAAUCCAGUGACAAAUCAGUGAUGUUUAUAGCCACAAACAAGAAUAAAACCAACAAAUCCUUAAUAAUUUUGAUCCUCUUGUAUCUAUAAAAUGAUUCUGGAUGAUCUAUAUUACAGCACUUUUGAGAUGCUCCAAUCCAAUAAGGGGCAGAUCAGCUUUGAUCAUUUAAACUUGUCCUACCUCCUCAACUCUGACUCCCUGUCCAAAACCUUCAUGUUUCACCAGUUUUCACUUAGAGUGCUUAAUGAGUCAUUAGAUUCAUUCUGCUAGAAUGCACCAUUUUAAAGAGGUGGGGAGUGUAAAAUGAGACAGAGGGGGAAAAAAAAAAGUAGGGCGAAGGAAAUAGCCACACUUUAUGGAAGUUGUAUCAUGUUUCUGGCCACUGAAGGAUGGGAACAACUUAGAUGAAGUACAAUCCAAUUUAAAAGUGUUAUUGAAGUGGUGGAGUUAAAUUCUGCCUCAUUUAAUGUUCUAGUUUUUAAUAGUUUGUGUUAAACAAUAUGAAUUCUUGUUAAAUUGAGAUCAAAAUCACAAAUAUUACUUUGUUACUAAAUGGUUUACCUUUUCUAGUUUUAGAUGCAUUUGUUGCAAAGGCUUCUUGAAAACUCCAAGAUGUUGUAGAGUUGACGAAAUGAAACCAGUGAUAAUACAAUAGUCAACUUGGUUCUGCUUUUAGAUGAUUUCAUAUAUUUUAAUUUUUAUAUUGGACAAAUAAAGAAACAAAUGAACACCUGGAAUACAUGAUGCAGUGUCUGGUCCAAUGUAAACUUCCUGAUAUAAUGCAUUGAGCAAAUGUUCCUAACAUUAAAUCAAUAUACUUUUGAGGAUGGUGCCUGGCAAGCUACAGUCACUACAUCUCCUGACUUAGAAAGAAAUGUGGAUACAUGCGAUUUCAAGCAUAUUUCAAAUGAAUAGUAGGGGGUUCAACUCAUACAGGGAGUAUUAUGUCUUAUUACAGGAAACAAGGUCAACUGAUGACUGAGGAUCCUGGGCAGUCUGUAGCAUCUGGUGACUAGGUAAAAAGUGCUUUGCAGGAAAUUUUAUCUAUUUUCUCAGGACCAAAAGAAUUGUUUUGUAUUUUGCAAUCUUCAAAUUUUUAAAAAUUGGAUAUAUGGAAAACAAGUAUCCUGAGGGAAUUGCAGAUGCGGCCAUUAUUUUGUGUCUAUGAAAUAGUUUGCGAAAUACAUGGGCUACUCUAUCAGUCCAUGGAUACUACCUUUUAAGCCCAGCUCCAACAGACUGUCAAUCAAUACAGUAAAGGGAUGUAUGGGAAAUAUUAUCCAGAAAAUAAUAUCAGUGACAAAGUAUUAUGAGUACUAAACCCAAGGACAGAUCCAUGCAUUUCAGUACACAAUUUAAACUCUCCACUUAUGUAUAUCUUACAAAAUAUUUACAUUUUGUCAAAGUAUUAGCACAAACUUUUUGACAACAAAUUUUAUAUUUGUAUGAUAACUUGUGCAAGUUGUGUAGGAUUUGUGAUCAAUAUGAAUUUUCUUGGAAACCAUACAGAAGGUUUGACUGCAACCAUUUCCUCCCUAUUGCUUCUUGAGAACACAAAUUUUGCCCAAAGCACUGCAGAAAAUUGCAUGUUGGAGAGCACUGUCUUACAUUCCAACACAAUCAUUGCUCACCAUAAUACACUAUAACUUACAAGUCUGCUUUUAUUUAUACUAUGUGUCAACAUUUCACAGUUGAAUCUCACCUUUCUUUCUGCCAGCUUCCAGAAAAUGCUGGCUCACAUACUAGCGAACACUGACCACCCUAUCCAACCAAACCUUUUUGACAGCCUGGUUGGUUAUAAGAAUAGGAGUAAGACUUUCAGCCCCUCCAGCCUACUUAAUCAUUUAAACAAAUCCUGCUGAUAUGUACCACAACUCCCCUUACGUUCCUUAACUCCAUAAUUCCUUGACACCAUUAGUGUACAAAAGUCUAAAAUGUCUUAAACAUUCCAACUGUCAGCAUCUCUUACCUGCUGGGGGCAGAGGUCCAAAUACAUCUCAGUAGACUAUUUGAUCACAAAGGCCAAGUGAAAUUCACGCACCUGUCCCAUUUCAGCCUUAAUCCAACAGUCAUGCAUGUCCACUUUCCAGCAGCAGCUGCUAAGCAGCAAUCAUAAAUUGUAAUGCAGGUUGACAAUGUUAUCAACUUCCCUUUCCUAGGAAUAAAACAGAUCUGUUGGAGGAACACAACAUCCCCCUUGCUCUAAUGAAUGAACUCAUCACAGACUGAAGACUGAACUUGAAAGAUAGUCAAGGGAUAGAGCAUGGAUUUUGCAAAUGAGGAACGGAAAAAAAUCCUAUACAGCCAGGAGGCAUGGCUAAGAUACUAAAACAGUACUUUUUCAUUUGACUUCACUAAAGAGGAGCAAUGCAAUGUCACAGUAAAGACAUGCAGUAGAGAAAUUAAAUAGGAUGUAUUUAAUCAUAGAAUCCCCACAGCAUGGAAGCAGGCCAUUUGGCCCAUUGAGUCCACAUCGACGCUCCAAACAUCAUCACACCCAGACCCACCACUACUCCAUCCCUAUAACCUGCAUAUCCCAUGACUAAUCCACUUAGCCUGCACAUCCCUGGACAAUGGGCAAUUUAGCAAGGCCAAUCCACUUAACCUGCACAUCUCUGGACU